CCAAAGCUUACCCGGGCGCGCUCGCUUAUUUGGGUCCAUUGAUUUUUUCUUUUCAUUUUAAGAAGUGUGAGCCUGGCUGUGAAUGGAGGGAAUGUAGAGCGGCGGAUGAAAGCGUGCCUCUGAUUGGCUGCAGCUUCCCAGCGGCAUGUGUCCGAGGCAGGCUUUUGUAUAUAGCAGCCGCAGCUCGGCCCUUUAACAAUGGAUGGGGAGAGCCGUGCGAAUUGAUGGUCUGCGGGAAUCGGCACCGGGGGCUGAACUAGCAAAGAGCAGGAGAUGAUUCGGGGGUGUACGCGGCGAUCGGCAGCUGGAUACUGACUGAGGUCGGUCCCGGGGUAAUUCGGGGUUUCGAGGAUGGGAGUUUAUAAGAAAGUUAACUCCAUUUUACAGACUUUUCCUGUCUGAUCUUCCAUGCAAUGGAGCUGGAAGGGCUGUGGUGGAAAGGCCAGCUUGCUGCGGAUAUCCAUCAGACUCUUAGAUACAAAGAACUGAAACUUCCUUCCUACAAAGGCCAGUCUCCCCAGCUCAACCUGAGACGCUACUUUGCUGACUUGAUCGCUAUCGUCAGUAAUCGAUUUAAGCUCUGCCCUACUGCCCGACAUCUUGCUGUUUACCUGCUGGAUCUCUUUAUGGACCGAUAUGACAUAUCCAUCCAACAGCUGCAUAUUGUGGCCUUGUCGUGUUUGCUAUUAGCAAGUAAAUUUGAAGACAAGGAAGAUCGGGUGCCGAAGCUGGAUCAGCUGAACAGUUUGGGUUGUAUGACCAACAUGAACCUGGUGCUCACCAAACAGAACUUGCUGCACAUGGAGCUUUUGCUACUGGAAACAUUUGAGUGGAACCUGUGUCUCCCCACACCUGCCCAUUUCAUUGAGUACUACUUGUCCAUUGCAGUUCAUGACACUGACCUCCAUGAUGGCUGGCCUAUGAUUUGUUUGGAGAAGACAAAGAUUUAUAUGGCAAAAUAUGCAGACUACUUCUUGGAAGUGUCUUUGCAAGAUCACAUGUUUUUAAACUACGUCCCUUCCUUAGUGGCUGCUGCUUGCGUAGCCGCAUCCAGAAUUAUCUUGCGGCUCUCACCGUCCUGGCCGACGAGGCUGCAUCGGCUAACCGUGUACGCUUGGGAUAUCCUUGUGCCUUGCAUAGAAAGAUUAUUAAUUGCACAUGACAAUGAUGUUAAAGAAGCCAAUAAGCAUAAGAAUCAGCUGUCACAUACCGCAGCACAAUGCCUCUUUCCUCCGGCAUCUCCGGCGCCCCCACAAGCCCACGUUCAGCAACACAUGCCUCAGUAUCUACAGACGCAACAUCCACACCAGCUGCAGUUCCACCACUCCGCUCCUCAGUCGCAAAGCUGCCAACAGAUCGUAACAGCAGCCCAUGCAUCUGCCUUCCCGCUGCAGACUUGCGCCUCUGCCAUUCCCGCUAGCAUUCAGGCGCGUGGCCACAUACAGACUACUGCAAGUGUCUCCUUAGCUGCCGUCCCAAUAGAAGUGAAGCCAUGUAUUGGGGUGUCUUAUAACAGAAGCUACCAAGUGAAUGGACACUACUCGUGUUUAACGCAGUGCUUCGAUAGGUGAUGAGACCAGAAAUGGGAACAUUCUAUAAAUCUGUGAAUUCUCCAGACAUCCAAGAUUUCUUUGGGCUUUAUUAUUUUGUCAUUUUGUUUUCAGAAAGAUGGCCAUUAUAUAUUGAGAUAAGAAUAAGGCAAGCUCUUUGAGAAAUAAUUGUGCAAAAGCUUCCUCAGUCAAACCACUUCUUUUGCUGAAAAGCAAUCGCCUUUUUAUGCGGUCAACAUUGUGACCUUCAAGGAAAUCUUCUUCUUGAAAGGCAAACGAUACAUUUUUUUAUGAAGGAGACUUACAGUAUUAAAAUGUUGCGACAUGAUGUGUACAGAACUAGAAACGCGCCCAUCGGCCGAUUGAACACAAUCGUUACCACAAAACCACUCGUGCUAUUCAGUGCAAUUGAACUGUAAAGAGUCAUACGGUGCUCAGCCAUUGGAAUUAUGGGUAACUAAUGUUCCUUAUGGUUCAGAUCUUAUCAGUCGAAAUAGCUCAAGAAUUCUAUUAUACCUCAAAGAAAACCGUGUUGGAAGAGCAAUAUUACAUACUAACUCAGGGAAAUAAUCAUUCAUGCUGCUGGUAUACUGUAUAUUAAAGCUAGGGUUUAUACAUGUAUACUGUUUUGGUUAUUGUUUGUCUAAAAAUGCUGCUUUACAACCCAACUUGGAAUGUGUAACCUCAUCCAUCCAACUGAAAAUGUUUUGUAAGGAACAUAGUAUUAUCUUAUGUCUUUCUGUAACACUAAAAAGUGUGGAACACAAUGGUUAAUAUACUGGUAUUUUUAGAUGUAGCCAUAGCUGAUUGUAGGUAGAUGUAUUAUAUGUUGUUAGCUGAAUUACAUGCCAAAUUAAGCCGACCAAAACUGUUGAGAGAAUUCCACUUUGGCCAAGUUUGACUGAAGUGGGGAGCCUGCUGGCUUUUAUAUGGAGGAUGAUGGGAGUUUUGUGGUUGGACACUGAAGGAACCACUGGGGUUUAAGCUGUAAUUAGUUGCCUUUAAAAUACAUAAAAACGGUGUCUGUAUUGCAGCUAUAAGAGAAUAUUCAAUGAGCCUUGUUCCAUAGGGUGUAAAAAUGAGGCCUAUAUAAUGUGACAAAAAAUUGAAUAUAUCCUGGAAAUCAGUCUAGCAUUCUCAGAAUUUUCUCAUAAUUCCAGUUCCGUGGCUGGAAACUUCUGUUUUAUUAGACUUUUUAUGUAGAAAUAAGGUUUAUUUUUCUCUGUAGCCUGCCAUUUGUGUGUGAUCAGUAUUUAUAGAUUACCCCCCCCCCCCCAAAAAAAAUAGUGUUAUGUUAGGGAUUGUCAGAAAUUAUAGAGAUGGGUGGAGGAAAAAUGUGUAACAUCUUAACAUUCCAGUAUCAUUACAUUUAUCCUAAUAUAACUACCUCAUUAGAGCUGUCUUUAGUGGGAUCCAUGUGUAGGAAACCGCAGUAACACUACAAAUUCACUUUUUGGCUGUGCUGUGCUGGUUGCUCGCUCAGCAGUUCAUACAGUAGCAAUUCAUUCAUGGAAAGGGAUUGUGAAAUCGCUGCCAUAGUAUGGCAACAUGGCUACAGCCACACGUUAUCAGUGCUGCCCAACCUGACCAUUUAUUAAUAAAGUACAUAUCCAAGCAUCACUCCACAGCCAAAAGCUGGUCUAAAGGGCAACAUGUUGGACUGUUCCAUUCAUAUCAAUAACAGAGUACCUCAAAAGCAGAUUUUGCCCCAGGCUCCGCCAUUACUAAAGACAGCCCUGUACCUCGUGGUUAGAAAAUUCCUCCUCAUUUCAAGGGUGCAACUUGAAACUACAGGUGAACGGCUGCUCGAAAAUCACUUGUAGCAGCAAAUUAUGUCUUUUGUUUUUGAGCACCAAUAACACUAGCAGAAUAACCAUUUUUCAACAUUUACUAACACUGGAUAUUUUUUUAUUUUUACUAAAAGGGAAGAAUUAUGGGAAGAUGUAAUUAACAUCUAUAUUCAUGGCUACUGUACAUAUUUAAUUUUGAUUACUUUUUUUAUUGUCUUAUAACUAGUAGGAUGCAAGGUCAGUACACUACAGUUUUAUUAUUUAUUGUGUAGAAUCACCUUCUGUUUUUGUAAAGCUACAUCAAUCAUGAUUUCAAACAGCCAAAGGUAUGUGCACUGUGAGCUGUUAUGGCUAUUGAGAUUAGACUCAACCAUGUCUUACAAAAUGUCCUGUUUGAGCAGAGAAGCCAAAACGUUGUGGGCCGUGCAUCAGAAUGUAUAGAAACUGAUCCAAGUAUUUAACCACAACAAAGAAUUCUGGGUGAGUGCUAUGCACUUCAGUUUUUUUAAAUAAACAUUUUCUUUGUUUAAACUC